GGCACCCGACUCCAGCACCAACCGGCAUGGGCGCCCUUCUUUCCAAGCCCGUGACGGAGCAGACGACUCAUUCUGGACAGAGUGACCAGCUCAUCUUUGCUUCAGCAUCCAUGCAGGGAUGGCGCAAUCACAUGGAGGACGCGGAGACUGCGCUGCUGAGCCUCGAGGGUGCGCCUGGAUGGGCGAUGUUUGCGGUGUUUGACGGGCACGGCGGCUCGCGGGUCUCUAAGUACUGCGGCGAGGCGCUGCACCUGCGUGUGGUGUCGGACCCAGAGUGGAAGGCUGGUAACUACGAGCAGGCGUUCAAGAACGGGUUCCUGGGCACGGACCAGGACAUCCUCGACUCUGAUGACCCGCUCCUGGCCAACGACCCGUCAGGAGCGACUUCUGUGGUGGUGGCCAUCAACGUGGAUGACCACAAGCUGUACUGUGCCAACGCCGGUGACUCGCGCGCGGUGCUCUCACGGGGCGGUACGGCCGUGCCCCUGUCGGAGGACCACAAGCCCGACAACAAGGAAGAGUCGGCGCGGAUCACCGCCGCCGGCGGCUUUGUGUCGCUAGGGCGCGUCAACGGCUCGCUCGCGCUCUCGCGGGCGAUCGGCGACCAUGCGUUCAAGCAGAACUCGUCGCUCCCUGCGGAGCAGCAGGCCGUCACCGCCCUGCCGGACGUCCUCGCCCUUGACGUCACCCCCGAAGACGAGUUCUUUGUUGUCGCCUGUGAUGGCAUUUGGGACUGCAUGACCUCGCAGCAGGUCAUCGACUUUGUCCGCGAGCGCAUCCCGCAGCGCGCCACCGAGGAGGAACUCGUCAACAUCUGCUCGGAGCUCAUGAUGAAGUGCCUGGCGCCUUCGCCCUCCAUAUCCGGAACUGGCUGCGACAACAUGACUGUUGUCAUUGUCCAGAUUCUGCGCGACUAACCGCCUCCUGGGCGCCCGCCAUGGUGUACUCAAAUUGAAGACAGCUUCUGUCAUUUGCCUCUUGUCCGCCUCCAUUUCUCCCUCGCAUGCCUCGCCCGAGCCGAGCCCAACGAAGCGAUUGUGCUCAAAAACACUCGCACCACGCAGGCAACAAGCGAUGCUGCCACAAACUGCUAGCAAUCAAAGUGAUGACGAUGACCACCGAGUGCUCAAGCUGUGGAUACGAUGGAUACGACUGCUGUGAACUCUCUGCGGGGUCUGCAACCGUAGCCCGGGUGCCACGGUGAGGCGAGAAGGAGAGGGCGUUCCGAGAAAAACGGUCAAG